AUGUCUAGUUCUAAAGAACAAGGAAUAUCUGAAAAUUCAUGCAGGGUAAAUGUAAAUGGUAUUGAUUUAUCUUGUAAACUAGAACGUGUAACGUAUAUAAUUCCUAAUGUCUUUUCGACUGCACGUCAUAACAUUAUUUUAAACAAUCAAGCAGUUGCCAUAGAAUUCUAUCCAACAGAAAUGAAUGAUACUCAUCACGUCACCAUUGAUAUAAAUUAUGCCAGAAAAAUUGCUACAAUCAAAAAUGGCAAUAAUGAGGAAUUAUUGUUAGCAUUAACGUAUUCUAUGGAUAACCGAACAUGGAGGAUAAUAAACAAGGUAAUAUAUUUAAAAGAAAUGAAUAUGUUUUAUGACGUAUCGUACUAUGGACAUCUCUUUACGAUUGUGUUUCUACCUCACAAUAAUGUAAAAGAAAUCAAGGUGGACAUUUCGUUUUGCGUUGAUAAAGAAUGUGCAGACGUGGAAAAGUCAUCGUGCCUGGAAAAUUGUUUAGAGAAGAAGUUAAGGUGCAAUGGAACAAUGUGCGUUAACAGAAAUGACUGCCCUUGCAAAAUAAAUGAAGAACUAUAUCCACCAGGAACCCACAUCACCAAAGACUGUAAAAAUAUAACUUGCAAUAAUAAAAUGCAUACCACUUCUGAUAUUUCUUGCAGUAAUAAAACUAUUACGUGCAAAGAGGGAGAGGAAAGAAAAUUAAAUAAAGAAACAUGCGUUUGUACCUGUAUAUGUGAAAAACAUAAUAUUAAAUGUAUCGGAAUGAAGAACAGUACAAAAUGUGUUCAAAAAUAUAAAAUUUGCGAUAAUGAAACAGAUUGUGCAGAUGGAAGUGAUGAAAGUUGUUGUCCAGUGAAUCUUGGUAAUGAAACUACCUGUGAAUUAAAUAGCAGUCGAUGUGACACUUUCCUUCCAUCCUGUAAACUUCGAAGAAAUUUCAUUAUAGGUUUUAAUAAAGAAAUUCGGUCAUGUGAAAUAUGUCAUGGAAUUUUAAUAAGAGAAAGGGGGAAAGAAAGAUUUACAGUGACCU